CUCACCGGGAAGGGGUUCUCGCGGUGUGCGCUGGGAUACUGGCAGAGUCCAUGGGAGGAGGAAAGUUGUUCUCGCGGUGUGCUCUGGGUUAUUGGAGGAGUCUGUUUGUGUGGCGGUAUUGUCGGUAUGGGAAGGGUGCUGACAGCCUGAAAACUUCGGACCUGUGGGGGUAAGGGGGAGAAAAGAUGGCAAGUGAAGCGAGUUACGGGCAAGAAGAAGCGGUUUGGGUGUUUGGGAGGAGCUGAUGGUGUUAGAGGGCAUUGGGACAGGUGUCAUGUGAGUGUGCACAAUGAUUUCUACGCACACAUUGGAAAACUUAGCGGCACACAGAGAAGUUAAACAGCGGAUAAAGAAGAAACUGGCAAGUUCCCUGAAGUGCUUACAGAAACGUUACGUAAACUCGGACAAUGUGGUUACCAGUGAUGACAGUGAUGCAAAUGUUCUCUGCUCUGUCUUGGAGUCCGUGUUUGUGCACGGCUUGAAAUCAAAGUAUGUCAAAACAGAUGGAGGAAAACGAGGACGAAAUAGAGUACCUCUCCCAGAGCCUGUCUUUUGGACUCUGCUUAAAACUGUCACUCACCGAAAUGUGGUGACUGAGCUGGAAAAUUUGAACUUUAUUAACACUGACAUUGGACGAUGUCGAGCAUGGGUCAGGCUUGCACUGAAUGAUGGCCUGAUGGAAUGUUACCUAAUAUCUCUAUUCCGUGAACGGGACAACCUGUGUGACUUCUACCACCCUGUGGCCUUACUGCUCGAUUCAGAGGAUAGUGAAGUUUUAUUGAGCUAUCUACAAGGUCUAUCAUCUCUUUCGUUUGCACUGUCUUAUAAAUCAGCUGUACUGAAUGAAUGGACCACAACUCCCCUGGCAUUGGCAGGUUUAUGUUCAGCAUCCGAGUUGCCAGAACCCUCACUGCCUGACUUUUCUGAAAGCAGAAGGAGAGGAUCCUGGGAUUCGGUUUCUCAGUCCUCUGGAUCUGAUAUUGUUGAUGUAAUUCAUUCUAGUUCCACAACUGCACACAGCAGUCACCUCUCAGGAAAACUAAAACUUACAUCGUCUAAUCUAAGUUUGGAAACAAUUGGAUCAUCCCAACUAUCAUCCAGCCUGAACUCUGAUGGUUUGCUUCAGUCAAAUGGAAUGAAGAGCCCUGAUCAAACCACAGAAGAGUUGUGGUCAUGUGAUACAGACAAGGGUAUUGCAAGUGCAGAAAGCUCCAACAAAUCUCUACAAGAGAUGCCAGAUGAACUCAGCAGAGGAGACCAAACACUAGUUUUCACAGAGCACAACUUUGACAUUUCUGUGAUCCAGUUGGAGUUGCCCUCAAAGCCUCCAGAAGAGAUUGUUUUAACUAAUGCUCAGUCAGAUGAACACGUGGCAAACUUGCAUACAUGUGACGGGGAGGCGAACCCAAGGACAACAGAAAGCCAUUCACAAGUUGAAUCCUCACCGCCAUUCUGUAUCCGUGCUUCAACUUUGCAGUGUCCAGUAUCUGCUGAUGAAAGUGAUACCAAGACCACCCCUGCACUUGCUGAUGAGGUGCUAAACACUGGUCAUGCUGAAGAAUUGUCCCAUACGAACGUUACAAGAAAUUCACAAUCUAUAGUAUGUCAAGACCAGCAAGUAAAAUAUGACCAAAAUUACACGGAAGCAGCAGAACAGGUUUCUGUUGUGGGAGAAAUAACUUGUGGCACAGAUGAAGUGGACAAAUUGGGCAUGCUCGGCAGUCAGUUGACUGAACCAGGAGAUAAUCAUAAACGAAGUAGCUGGAUAUCAGACGAUGACAUCUGCAAACCAUCUCCGAGAAGAGUGCUCUCAAAAAGCAUAAGGGAAAGUUCGUCUGAAUGUUCAGUAAGCUCAAGACCUGUGAAUGGAAGUAGCGGCCAGCUGAACACACACGCUCAGUCAGUGUCCAAUUUCUCUCAGUGUAAACACAGUCAGGGGGAUUCAUCUUUUAAAGUGACUCAUCGCCGAAAGGCAGGUAUUUCAAACCCAUUUCGAGGACUUCUGAAAUUGGGUAACUUAGAGAGGCGAGGCCAUGUUGGCAUUUGGAAGGAGUAUUACUGUGAGUUAUCACCAUUUGAGUUCCGACUGUACCAAAAUGAUGAUGACCGCAAUUGCUAUGACAAUUGCUCUUUAUUAAGAUGUGAAUCAGUGGGACCUGCCCAUACAGAUGGGAGGUUUGAGUUGGUUCUUGCUGGCAAAAGAUUGUGUCUGCGCGCACCCUCCCAAGAUGAAGCUGAAGACUGGAUUGACCGGAUUCGGGAAGCUUUAAUGAAGUGCCGGCCUCAUCAAACUCCAAAACAAGAAGCAAAGUAUACAGACAAUUCAGUGAGUGAGAUAUCACACAACAUGUCUACACCAUAUACUCCUCAAUCUGUUGAACAGCCAAACUGUGAGAAAGAAAAUGGCUUCCAGCAAGUGUUUAACUGGAGUUCUCAGGCAGAGCCUCAAUUGGAUGCAAUUAAAGAAUCUGUACUUUAUCAGUUAACAGAAAAAUCAUGGAUGCCAUAUAUUUUUUCUUUGUCACUGGAAGCAUUAAAAUGUUUCCAGUUCCAGGACCAGCAGAAAAUUCUAUGCGACAGCUAUAGAAUUGAGACAUUUAAAGACAUUAUACCUGAUACAGCACUUGGUAGCCCGGCUUACUUUAAAUUAAUCACUUCCAAAAUCACUCUGAGGCUUCGAGCGGAAAGUGCAGCAGAGGCAAAAUCAUGGCGGGAACUAAUUCGUGCAGUUCUUUCAUCUUUUUGGGAAGCAGAAGAAGAUGCCUUGGCAGCAAAUGUGACCAUUGAGAAGAAUGAGCGAAGACUUAGGGAGCUUGGCUUGGGUGAGCACAUCAAUCUGUUGCAGUGUCUAACUGUUGUUCCCGUGGAGAAAGGGCUGGACGCACAAGAGUUUCGAUGUGCAGGAUGUCGUCAACAAAUUGGGUUUUCUUUUGGAAAAGCCAAGCUUUGUGCUUUUUCCAGCCUUUACUACUGUGAGAUGUGUCAUCAGGAUACAUUAAUAAUUAUCCCUUCUAGAAUGAUCCAUAACUGGGACCUGGUGAAAAAAGGGGUUUCCAAUGUGGCUGCAAAAUUCCUGCAACAAAUUCAAAAUGAGCCAUUCAUUGAUAUUAAUCUGAUAAAUGCAAGUCUGUACCAGUAUAUUGAGCAGAUGGCCCAGGCCCGCAAGAGCAGAAAGCGUUUGAAGCUAUUGGAAGAUUAUCUUCUCACAUGUCGGAGUGGUGCAGUCCAGGAAUUAUACAGAAAAUUGGAGCAAAAGAAGUAUCUCGUGGAGUCACCUGAUCUGUACAGUGUUUCUGAUCUUCAACAGACAGCACAUGGAGUGUUUGAAGCAUUCUUGCAGCAUGCCAUCCAAUAUGCCACCAAUCAUGUUUAUAUGUGUGACCUUUGCACUCAGCGUGGCUUCAUCUGCCAGAUCUGUAAUAGCAAUGACAUCAUCUUUCCUUUUGAGUUUGAAACAACUUCAAGGUGUAAAGAAUGCAAGACUGUCUUCCACAAGGAUUGCAAGGCUGGGGUCUUAUCAUGUCCCCGCUGUGUGCGCAAACAAAAAUACCAGCAGAGCAAGAUGAAGUAUUAACUAUUGAUCUACAUUGAAGACCACACACGUGGGAGAAGAUGAACUUUGUACUGUGUAUGGAUCUUUGAAUUUCUGCCGCUUUCAAGGGCAACACAAACUCUUAACAGAAAUGGUGCAAUAUAAACUGGUCUGCAACCCACUUCUGAAGGCAGAAACUUUCACUCAUUUCCUUUCAAGAGAACCAUCAGUCUUAUUGAGGUGGUGUGCAGCUUCUUUUCCUCUGAGAAUAAUGUAGGUUCAGAAUGUUAGACACUGGUGCACUGCUAAGAUGGGAUCUGUUACUAAGGAAGUUGCUUGCAGCUGGAUUUCAAUUUCACACACUUAAUAUUAUGCUGUUAGAAAGUGUUUGAUGUGUAGUCUCAUUCUCUUUUUUUGUAAUGCUUCAAUCAUUUUAAAAUCCAUAUGUAUAGAUUUGUUAUAACAUGUAAAUUAUAUCACCAAUUUAAGGAUAUUGAAUGUACACCACAUGUACAGUAUGUGUACAUACGGUAUUCAUGGAUUAAAAUCGCUGUAAAAAGAUGUGUUAGACCUUGCUGCUUUGAAUUGCACUUUGCAAACUAACCCUUGUAAAUACACAUUAAAUAUUUAAAUUUCCACCAACAUGGCAGGACGUCUGCUGUAUAUUAACACUUGUGCCAACGGGGCAUGUGCACUUUACUUGGUACAUCUGACACUAAUCAGAGAUUUCAUUUUUUUUCUAUUUUAAAAGAUUAACUGUAAUACAGAUAGCAGAUCUGCUUCUAAAGCAUUUGACUUGAGAAUGUUUGAGUUACUGAUCAUUAUCGUCCUGAUGCAUUUGUGUAGCUGGGUAUAUUUUAGUGCCAUUUCUGAAACAUUCUGCAUAAAUAUGGACAAAUUUAAUAUUACCUAUCUAUAGUUUUCAAGAAAUUGUUUAUUUCCAAUGGGAGUUUAUACUUGACUGUCAAAAUUGGUCCAAAAUGGUUUCAGAGGUGCUGCAUUUGCAGGACCCUUUCAUUCCUGAUCUGUGUUUAAAUUCAUCAGCCCUGCAGAAACAUAUAUACACCUGGCAGACAAAUCCAGACUCAGUUCAUCUUUAAUAGGAAGGAAGAAAAUCCAAAAGCAGCAAAGUUUUUUUUGAGCUGCAGUGUUUAAUUUCACUGACGUAGAUAACUAUACAAGAAUCUAGAUAUUUCAAGCCAUUCUGGAUUUAUACAGUGUGUUAUAGGUUUGUAAGAGCAUUACUUCUUGCGGUCUUCCAACUAUGGACAUAACAGCCAUAUAAUAAUCUUAAACUUUGUACUUUUCUUUUUGUAUUAUCAGCUUUUUGGCAUACAGACUUUAUGCUUUCAUUCAAUCAAAGAUCAUGACUAGAUUUACUAAACAAUCUCUGUAGACAAAUUCUAUUUUCUUAAGAACAGAAUGUUGUCAUUAAAGAUUUGAUUUUUAAAUGUGCAAAGAAU